AUGCCCCUCCGCGUGGGAGUCGGUCCCGCCAUUGUCCAGGCACAGUUGACCGACAUGCCAAUCGGCAGACAUAUCAGCGUCGACCCUAUCGCAAACACGGAGCGUGUGGCAUUUCACCUCGAUGAAUGCCAUCUGGGGUUCAAACCGAGGGUUUGGCGCAUUGGUGGUGUGGUCAACGAGAAGUGGUAG